UUCUCCGUUUCUGCGUUAUUUGUAUAAAAUAAAGAAUAAAAGCGGAAAUAACUCCAUCAUGUCCAUGUCCACGGUUCAGAAGGUGACGGUGGUGUCGUGUGUGUGUGUGUGUGUCGCGCUGCUGCUCCCAAAACUGCUUUUAUCCGGCGGAGGAGGAGGAGGAGGAGGAAGGAGAGAUCCGGCCGGUGCGGAGGGAGCUCGUUUCCCCCCCAUGCUGCAGAGGAAGUCAGCGCCGGCGCCCUCCCGAGGUGCAGGAGGGAACAACGCUUAUCAACCCGAGGCCAUCGCCAGGGCAAAAGGCAGCACAGCGACGGCGGGAAAAUCCAACCUGGCAGGACAAAUCAUUCCUGUGUACGGGUUCGGCAUCCUGCUCUACAUCCUCUACAUCAUCUUCAAGAUCACAUCUGGAGGGAAAGCGAGUAAAUUUCACGAGAGCAGAUCUCCUGCAGCGAGAUCAGAGAACAUGAAGAGAAAAAUCACGGAUUUUGAGUUGACGCAGCUGCAGGAGCGUUUGAAGGAGACGGAGGAGGUGAUGGAGAGAAUCGUAUCGAAUGCUCGAACUCAGAACGGAAACACACCAAGAGAGGAGUGUGUGAGUGUGGAUCAGGAGGAGAAGCUGCUGCUCCAGCUGAGAGAGAUCACUCGGGUGAUGCAGGAGGGACGAUUAGUGGACGGGAUUCCCUCUGAGACAGAGACGCAGGAGUUCACAGAUGAUCCUGAGGAGAUGCUGAAACACUGGAGUUCUCCCUGCCGCACCGUCCACCAUGAGGUGGAUGAGGAGUCAGAGCGAGCAGACAGACAGGCUGACGGCUGUGAGACGAACGAGUGUAGUGAUGAAGAGGAGAUGCGUACAGAGAUGAUGGAGCAGUCUGAGGACCAGUGCUGGAACACGCCACUUUCAGGAGGCCAUGUGAUCAGACACAGGAGUGGGACAGGAACCACUCAAGGAACUGAAUCUUCUCACUGAUGGCUCCAAACACUGCUCCUGCAAAUGUUAUUAUUCCUCCUGCACGCUGCUUCGCUUUCACCGCACGUCUUAGUCACGUGUCUAAUUUCUGUUCACGUGUGUUCUUGCACGGUGAUGAGCUCUCAUCUUGUCUUCCAAAUUCGACCCUGAGUACGGUUGAAACACUGAGUAAAGAGGACAUGACGUCAGGAAAUGGUCAAACAACCCGGAAAAACCUGUAAUUCAUUAUGAUUUGUGUCACAGCAAGGGCGGAGCUUAAUUUAAACAAGAAUCCAAUAAGAAUCUUGGAACACCACCUAUUAUUCACAAAUUAUUCAUGUAUUCAUUAUUAUGCAGAUUAAGCCCUGCCCCUCAUUGAAGAACAGCGGUACAGUGGGUAGUUCUGCUGUUAGGGGGCGUGUCAAUACACUCCGUUACUACAUGUAUUAAAUUUUUCCAAAAAUGUCCCUGAAUAUCAAAUAUAUAAACGAUCGACUGAAACUUGAGCUCCAUAGCAGAAAUAGAGCUCCAAAGUCGGCUGAAAUGGCUGGUGUUUGAAACCUCUGAAACACCUCUGGUGCUUGAAAGCUACUGAAGAGCUCUUCUUAACGUUUAUAACAUGGUCGUGUAAAGUAUAAUACGUGCUGCUUGUUGCAAUCCGGAGAUAUCAGACUUCAUAAACGCAGAUCUCGUAGGCGCUCUUUGAAAAAACGUGAUCACAUGACCAGCGUGCUCUCUAUGUACAAGUUAACUCUAUACGCAGAUUGGGACCCCUGCUGUUCAAACUGUGUAACUGCAAUACAUGCAUAUAUAACAGAAUACUGAUUAGCAGGAUGUGAAAUCACAUGUCCACAAUGCACAUCGUUACAGCCCUACGUGACACCCGUACAGAUGUGAAGUUAAACACGUGACAGUGGUACGGAUGUGCAGUUAAACACGUGACAGUGGUACAGAUGUGAAGUUAAACACGUCACAGUGGUACAGGUGAAACUUGUAAAUG